GUUCUGUUGGUCGAGGGAUCCUUUCGCUUCUUCUGAUCAUGCGUAUAUUGUCGUCGUGAAUCUUUCUUCUUACUUACCAUCUAAACGUAUACAUCUUUCACGUUCAAAAGAUGGCAGCACACGCUCAAUUCGAUGGUGUAUACCAUGGAUUGGAUCAAGUAGGUGGAAGAUUACGAUUGACGGAAGGUGGAUUAGGAUUCAAACCACAAGCGGGUGAUUCGAAUGGAAGCGGUAGUACGUUCACAUUGGAAUCUGACAGGAUGGAUUCGUUCGGUUGGCUAAAAGUGGGAAGAGGAUAUCAAUUACGGAUAAACACACGUAAUCAUAACAAAAGACGUGAAACAUUUGAUGGAUUUCACAGAGAUGAUUUCGAUCGUCUUUCGGGCGCAAUCUCAGAAUAUUACAGUAAACGAUUAGAACAAAUCGAAGUAUCUGUAAGAGGAUGGAAUUGGGGAAAAGCAGAAGUAGAGGACACAGAAGUGAAAUUCUUGGUUCGUGAUAAAUUGGCAUUCGAAUUGCCCCUUGAACAAAUUGCAAAUACAAACAUUGCCGGUAAAACGGAAGUUAGCAUGGAAUUCAUCACUGGUGAACAACAACAACCACAAACAAAUACAGGAACAUCAACAAACGGAGCUGUUAAGCCAAAGAAACAAAGAGGUGAUCAGUUGGUAGAGAUGAGAUUGUGGGUGCCUGGAAAUGUACAAAGAUCAGACGACGAAGAGGAAGAAGCCGGCAGCGAUGCUGAAGAACAAGAAACAGCUGCCAGUGCAUUCCAUGAAGCUAUCAAAGCCAAGGCUGACAUUGGCCAAGCAGCAGGGGACGGAAUCAUCCUCUUCAAAGAAGUACUCGUCCUCACUCCACGUGGUCGCUACGAUUUGGACAUGUAUUCUGGCUUCUUGCGUUUGCGCGGAAAGACGUAUGAUUACAAGGUCCUUUACUCUAGCAUCACGCGCCUCUUCUUGCUCCCCAAACCCGAUGAUAUCCAUGUGCAAUUUGUUGUUGGUCUAGAUCCCCCAAUCAGACAAGGUCAAACACGCUACCCCUAUCUGGUCUUGCAAUUCGUUCGUGAUGAAGAAUUGGACGCCGAAUUGAAUUUGGAUGAAGAGACAAUUCAAACAAAAUACGACGGCAAGUUGAAGAAGCGAUACGAAGACCCAACAUUCCGCAUCGUCUCAUCUUUGUUCCGCGUAUUUUCCAAUCAAAAACUCAUUGCUCCUGGCACAGAUUCAUUCGAGGGUACAAAUAGCAGCAAUUGCUUGAAAUGCAACGUCAAAGCUGUUGAUGGGUUGUUAUACCCAUUGGACAGACAAAUGAUUUGGGUUAGCAAACAACCGAUUCAUGUGCGAUACGAUGAUAUUCAUCAAGUCAUCUUUAGCCGUGUAGGAUCAGGAGGCGCAGUUUCAACAAGCAAAACAUUCGAUCUCAAAGUGACACCCAAGAGCGGCAAUCAAAUCAUCUUUGCAGCUGUUAGCAGGGAAGAGCAUGAUGCACUUUCUAAACAUUUCACAAAUCGCAAGGUUCGGGUGAAGAAUGAAAUGAGCGAUGUUGUAGCAAUUGAUGAUGUCUUGAGCGAUGAUGAUGAAGAGAUGGAAGAUGAUGAGGAUGAUAGUCGUCGUAGAAGGGCAUCCAAGAAUAGCAAAUCAUUCGCAGGAGAUGAUGAUGCGAUGGACGAAGAUGAAGAAUCAGAAGAAGAUCAAGAUUUCGAAGCGGAAUCUUCCGAUGGUGGAAGUCCUUCAGAAGGAUCUUCUAGUGAUGGAGAAGGAGCGGAAAGUGGAAGUGAUGAUAUGGCAGAUGGUCCACCAAAGAAGAAGAAAAAGAAUUAAACCCCAUUUCGCACCUUUUCCUCUUUGUUUUUUGUGUAAACUUUGAUCAUUUCAAUGUAUAAAACUCGUUAUUUGUAUGCAAG